CAAGGGACCCGGUGGCCUGCGCGGGCGCCGCAGCACGUCCGCAGGCUCCUGCGAGGGUGGCGGCUGCUGAGAGGCGGGAGAGGCGAGGGCGGGCCUGGGAGGCGGCCGGGAGGUGGGGCGCCGCCGGGGGCCGGCCCGCGCGGGCUUCAUCUGAGGGCGCACGGCCUGCGCCGGCUGCUGGAGGCUUCGGGCGGUGCGCGACGAGCUGCUGGAGCGGCUAUGGGCCGCGGCUGGGGCUUCCUGAUCGGCCUGCUGGGCGCCGUGCACGUCCUCGGCUCGGGCGGCGGCGGCCAGCAGCCCGCGGAGACGGCGGCGCAGAGGUGCUUCUGCCAGGUUAGUGGUUAUUUGGAUGAUUGUACCUGUGAUGUGGAAACCAUUGAUAAAUUUAAUAACUACAAGCUUUUCCCAAGACUUCAAAAACUUCUUGAAAGUGACUACUUUAGAUAUUAUAAGGUAAACCUGAAGAAGCCAUGCCCUUUCUGGAAUGAUAUCAACCAGUGUGGAAGAAGGGAUUGUGCUGUCAGACCUUGCCAAUCUGAUGAAGUUCCUGAUGGUAUUAAAUCUGCAAGCUACAAAUAUUCUGAAGAAGCCAAUAAUCGUAUUGAAGAAUGUGAACAAGCAGAACGCCUUGGAGCAGUGGAUGAAUCUCUGAGUGAAGAAACACAGAAGGCUGUCCUUCAGUGGACCAAACAUGAUGAUUCCUCAGACAACUUCUGUGAAGCAGAUGACAUUCAUUCACCUGAUGCUGAGUAUGUGGAUUUGCUCCUUAAUCCUGAGCGCUACACAGGAUACAAGGGACCAGAUGCUUGGAAGAUAUGGAAUGUCAUCUAUGAAGAAAACUGUUUCAAGCCACAGACAAUUAAAAGGCCGUUAAAUCCGUUAGCUUCUGGUCAAGGAAAAAAUGAAGAAAACACUUUUUACAGUUGGCUAGAAGGUCUUUGUGUAGAAAAGAGAGCAUUCUACAGACUCAUAUCUGGUCUACAUGCAAGCAUUAACGUGCAUCUGAGUGCCAGGUAUCUUUUACAAGAUACAUGGUUGGAAAAGAAAUGGGGACAUAACAUUACAGAAUUUCAACAACGAUUUGAUGGAAUUUUAACUGAAGGAGAAGGCCCAAGGAGGCUUAAGAACUUGUACUUUCUCUAUUUAAUUGAAUUAAGGGCUUUGUCUAAGGUGUUACCGUUCUUUGAGCGCCCAGAUUUUCAACUCUUCACUGGAAAUAAAGUUCAGGAUGUGGAAAAUAAAAUGUUACUUCUGGAUAUACUUCAUGAAGUCAAAUCAUUUCCUUUGCAUUUUGAUGAGAAUUCAUUUUUUGCUGGGGAUAAAAAAGAAGCAAACAAACUCAAGGAGGACUUUCGACUUCAUUUUAGAAAUAUUUCAAGAAUUAUGGAUUGUGUUGGUUGUUUUAAAUGCCGACUAUGGGGAAAACUUCAGACUCAAGGUUUGGGCACUGCCCUGAAGAUCUUGUUUUCUGAGAAACUGAUUGCAAAUAUGCCAGAAAGUGGACCAAGUUAUGAAUUUCAUUUAACCAGACAAGAAAUAGUAUCAUUGUUUAAUGCCUUUGGAAGAAUUUCUACAAGUGUGAGAGAAUUGGAAACCUUCAGAAACUUGUUGCAGAAUAUUCAUUAAAGACACAACGGUAAAAUAUACCUGUUUUUGGACAAUGGAGGCCAAACAAUGGACUUUGAAAAGCAUAAUGGCAAUGACAGUCUUAAGCCAAACUUUUUAUAUAAAGCUGCUUUUGUAAGAGGAGAUCUAUAUUGUUUUAAGUAAACAUUUUGUAAUUGUGUUAAGUCUUUGUAUAAUAUUGUGAGUAAAAGUAAUACUUUGAUAAUGUGAAAUUUUAAAGUAAUACUGAAUAAAAUCAGGAUUAUCAAAUU